AUGGGCUACACCGAUCAAGACUGGAAGGCGAUCAACACGAUCCGCACGCUCGCCCAACUCGGGCCACCCCGGCGCGCCCAUGGUAUUUGCAAUGCCGUUGGCCUGGCCAUGGCCCAAGCCCACACUGCUGCCACGUUCAACAAGGAUGGCUUCAACCUGGUUGACAACUACACUUACUGCUUCCUUGGUGACGGCUGCCUGAUGGAGGGUGUCUCUGGCGAGGCUUCUUCCCUCGCUGGUCACCUCCAGCUCGGCAACCUCAUUGCCGUCUGGGACGACAACCACAUUUCCAUUGACGGUGACACCAACGUCGCCUUCACUGAGGACGUCAUCAAGAGGUAUGAGGCGUACGGCUGGCACGUCGUCUCCGUCUCUGACGGUGACAACGACCUCGAGGGUAUCGAGGCCGCCUUCAAGAAGUGCCAGGAGGUCAAGGACAAGCCUUCCCUGAUCGCUCUGAGGACCACUAUCGGCUUCGGCUCCAAGCAGCAGGGCACCCACGGUGUCCACGGCUCUCCCCUCAAGGCCGACGACAUCAAGCAGCUCAAGGAGAAGUUCGGCUUCAACCCUGACGAGAGCUUCGCCGUCCCCCAGGAGGUCUACGAUGCCUACAACAAGCACGCUGCCGAGGGUGCCGCCGCCGAGGAGGAGUGGAACAAGCUCUUUGCCAAGUACGGUGAGAAGUUCUCUGCCGAGCACGCCGAUCUCGCCCGCCGCCUCACUGGCGACCUCCCCGAGGGCUGGGAAAAGAGCCUGCCUGUCUACACCCCCGCCGACGCGGCUGUUGCGUCUCGUAAGCUUUCCGAGAUCGUUCUCUCCAAGGUUGAGGGCGUUCUUCCCGAGCUUGUCGGUGGCUCUGCCGAUUUGACCGGCUCCAACCUGACCAGGUGGAAGGAGGCCGUCGACUUCCAGGCUCCUCAGACCAAGCUCGGUGACUAUGCCGGCCGCUACAUCCGCUACGGCGUCCGCGAGCACGCCAUGGGUGCCAUCAUGAACGGUCUUGCCGCCUACGGAACCAUCUUGCCCUACGGCGGUACCUUCCUCAACUUCGUCUCGUACGCUGCCGGUGCCAUCCGUCUCUCCGCUCUGUCCCAGGUCCGCGCCAUCUGGGUCGCCACCCACGACUCGAUUGGUCUCGGUGAGGACGGUCCCACCCACCAGCCUAUCGAGACACUUGCCCACUUCCGCGCUCUCCCCAACUGCAUGGUCUGGCGCCCUGCCGACGGCAACGAGACCAGCGCUGCCUACUACGUCGCCCUCACCUCCAAGCACACGCCUAGCAUUAUUGCCCUGUCGCGCCAGAACCUGCCCCAGCUCGAGGGCUCUGUCCUGGAGAAGUCUGUCAAGGGUGGAUACGUGCUGCACGAGGAGGAGGGUGCCGAUGUCACCCUUGUCUCCACCGGUUCCGAAGUUUGCAUCUGUGUUGAUGCCGUCAAGGAGCUCAAGGAGAAGCACAACAUCAAGGCUCGUGUCGUUUCCAUUCCUUGCUUCGAGGUCUUCGAUGCGCAGUCCAAGGAGUACCGCCUCAGCGUCCUGCCCGACGGCAUCCCCUCUCUGUCCGUUGAGGUCAUGAGCACCAUGGGCUGGGAGCGUUACACGCACGAGCAGUUUGGACUCAACCGCUUCGGUGCCUCCGGCGCUUACAAGGACGUCUACAAGAAGUUCGAGUUCACUCCUGAGGGCAUCGCCAAGCGCGCGGUUGCCACCAUUGACUUCUGGAAGGACGUUCCCAACAUCCGCUCCCCCAUCAACCGUGCGUUCCAGCAGCUCAUCUAA